AUGGCGAGAAUUACACUUAUGAUGAAUCCCGAGCAAAUGUUUUACAAUCCUUACACAAAUCUCGUCCGGCUUGCAAUCCAAGAUGUGGCUGCUUGCCAUGCUCUAUUGGCGAACGCCUCCGCUAUCUGGGAAGGGGUGUUUGGCAGGUCAAUGCAAUAUCAAUCAACCGCCCACAAAUUGAUGGCUAUUCAAAUCAUCGGAAACCGUCUUAAAGAGGGUGGCAAACCGUCUGAGCCGACAAUUGUGGCCGUUAUUCUGCUUUGGGCCUUCGAGGUAUAUGCCAUGACUAUUUAA